UUCCAAAAGCAACUUUGGUCGCAAGUUCUUUCGUUAUCAAUAGAGUUGGAACUAACAACCAUGGUUAGCUUACAAUGCUUUAGGAAACGCACCACUGAAUAGAUACAAAUGCGCUAAAAUGCUAAGUCUGAAUUGUUAAUGAGGUCAGUAAACCGGGGACCUAUAAACUUAUGCCUGUGGUUUAAUCUUCUUGGUACGCUGUAUGUUUGAAGCACAGUGUGUGGGUGAGGUGUACUUACUUACAUCCGCAAAGGCACUUCUUGAGAUAAACAGGCUGCAAAACGGUCAGGAUGAUUUUCUUCGUUCUGUUUACGCUUAUCUUCUUCAUCUUUUCAGGUGUGUUUGGUGCUGCCGAAACUGAUGAAAUCCAAUCCAUACCAGUGAUGAGGGGAGAUUCUCUCACUUUACACACCGAUGUUACUGAAGUACAGAGAGAUGACCUGAUACUGUGGACAUUUGGAUCAAAAGACAAUCUAAUUGCUGAAAUCCAUAAGCAGGUUGUCUAUAUGUUUGAUAGUAAAGAACAUUUCAUACUGGAAGAAAAGACUGGUUCUCUGACCAUCAGAAACAUCAGAACUGAAAAUUGUGGACUUUAUGAUCUAACAGUCAUCAACCUUGGAAGAACAUCAUAUAAGAGAUUCAAUGUUACUGUCAUUGAUACUUCGGGAAAAAAUGUUGCUUACCUGCCAGUUCCUGUCAUCAGCAGAGACUCCUCACAAUGUUCUUCUUCAUCAUCUCCAAACUGUUCAUUGGUGUGUUCAGUGGUGAAUGUGAGUCAUGUGACUCUCUCCUGGUACAAAGGAAACAGUUUAUUGUCCAGCAUCAGUGUGUCUGAUCUCAGCAUCAGUCUCUCUCUACCUCUGGAGGUGGAAUAUCAGGAUAAAAACAGCUACAGCUGUGUGAUCAACAAUCCCAUCAGAAACCAGACCAUACAUCUGGACAUCAGCAAGCUCUGUCAACCAUGUUCAGGUACGACAAAUGUUACGUUAGUGGACUUUCUAUUUAUAUUAAUGUCCUCUCAAGCAGACAAUAAUUAUAACUAUAUUGGCAUCCACAACAGAUGCCAGUAAUUAUAACGAUAACUAUAUUAGCAUCCACAACAACAGACAAUAACUAUAAUUAUAUUAGCGUCUAGGGUUGGGCACCAGAACCUGUGCAACACAUGAGGAACUCAUGACGAAGCGCUGUGAGCAGCCUUGCUCCAGUGUUUCUGUAAAGUAUGUCACAAACCAAAUAACAGAAAUGCCACCCUGCCUCUUUAAGGGACUAUUUGGUCACCCAGUCUGCCUUACAGCAACACUACAUGCAAUGAAGGUAAAAUAGUGAAAAAAAAAAAGUUAAUUUAAAUGGUAUAGAAACCAGGAAUCGUUUAGCAAAACUGGAACUGGAAACAAAACCAGAAAUGUUCUUACUUUACCCAUUGUAAGGUCCGCCCACUGGUCCAAUGACGGUAGCCAAUGAUCCGGCAGAAGGAUCCUUGCGCGUUGCUGUCUUUCCUGUUAUUCAUCACAACCUCAUUAAAAUAAAUACAUUUCCUUAUAGGUAUUUCAAUUCAUCUGACUCCAAAAAAUUAAUAAGGCCUUUAGUGAUAUUCACGAAUGUUUUUAAAUUUAGAUAAAUGUUUGAAAGAUUUUGAUUUAUCUGUUUAUUUAUUUAUUUUUUAAUUUGGAUGCUCAAGUCUUUCAGGGGUAUCGCAUCGGCCGUUAGCGUACCCGACGAUUACAUACUCACCAGCUUUGAUUAUUAGACAUACCGUAGGUAAUUACUAGCUAAUACUUUAGAUGGCCGCACCUAUGCUUGCUCAUUCUAAUAGUAUUUUUGUUUAGUCCCCUUAGAUUCGUACACACUUGAAUAAAGUAGUAUUAUUAUUAGUCAGAGGUCACGACCACUGCUAUAGACAUAAGCCGACCAAUAUUGCUUUCCCUAAUAGUAGUUUUGGUAUGGCCAUGCCAUGAUUUCACAUGUAUACUUGACUAGAAUAAUAUUACAAUAAACAGAGGUUAAGCUCACCCUAUUUAGGUUGGUCGAACAACAUCCAGUUGACCUAAACGGAAAUUCCCUUUUAGCCCUUACAGUCUUAAGUACACUUGAACUAAUGCCAAAAGUUAGCCAGAUCUCUAAAAAUAUAAUUGGUGUGCCCUAUGCUCCAUUUCAACCAAAUGUCUGUUACUAACCUGAUGCAGAAAUGCGGUAACAAGGAUACAGUUUAAUCUACUAGAACUAAUAAUUUCAUAACAACCAGAAUAAAUUCAACAAUAACAAUUUAUUAAUCUGGUAAUCAAAGUAAUAAUUCAAUUCAAAAAAUAUAAAAAACACUUAUCAAUCAUAAAAACAUUCAAUAAUAUUGAAGUGAAAGAAUGUAUAAAUGUUAUCUGAUAAUCAGAUAAUCAAAAAUACUGUGGUUUCUAGGGGAGGCUGUAUUUACAUACAGGGGGUAAUUUGUGUGAAAAACCUGGGAGUAGUCUGUUUACAAUAUUUACACUGUUGGGAACUUUACUUUAAAAAAGUAAUUAGUUAUAGUUACUCACUACUUGUUCCAAAAAGUAACUAACUAAGAGUUAUUAACUGAAUUACUCUAUAAUAAAAGUAACUCAUUACCAGAGAAAGUAAAAAAAAAAAAAAGUUGCUAUAUGUCAAAGAAUUUGUAUUUUUUGACCAGUUUUAACGAGUCAGUUGAAAUGAGUAUAAUAGACAGGUGUUCGUACAUAACUUUCGAUAUUUAUUGCACGUCAACAGACAGCAAGAGUUUUAUCCUGCACUUCAAGUAUUAUCUUUGUAAAAAAAAAAGUGUUUUUGGCCACUAGCUUUAUAGAUGCGUGUCACACAUUUCAUGUUCACAUUACAUGCACAUUCUUGCCUUUGACCACAAUGAAUUUGAAGUAGUGCUUAUAUCUCCACCUUGAAAAUAGCAACUUUUCAUCUGAUUGCCCUUGACUCGCCAUUUCUGCUGCCCCUGCGAAUCUCUGUGUAGCUGAUGCGUGUGUGUGUGUGUUUGGCGCCGCUGGUGCAUGUGCCGGCAUGUGUGUAAAAACACUGGCUCUGAUUGGCUACCAUGAAACACAUGACUCUGCCUUAGCCAAUCAUAAUCGCUUAUCUCGUUAUUAACCCACCUGCUUACUCGCUGUGUGAGCCAGGGGUGCGUUCGGAUUGCAUAGUUUAUUAAAUCAAGGCAUAGUAACGCACCGCAUUUAACGUUCAGUAACGUUAACGGCGUUGUAACGACGGGAAAAGUAAUCAGUUAGAUUACCCCGUUACUGAAAAAAUAACGUCGUUACCUAACGCCGUUCUUUUAAACGCUGUUAUUCCAAACACUGAAUAUUUAUGGUUUAUGAUUUAUGGUUACCUGUUCUAUUGUUAAGAGAAUGAGACCUCUUUACCAGACACACAGAGACCUUUUUUAAAAC